AUGAGCGGCACUUCUGUCGUCCAACACAUCGAUGCCGUCGACGCCUUUGCCAGGACCCUUCACGUGCGCACCACCCAGUCAACCGUCCCGUCGCUCUCGACAGAUGCUUCUCACGCCGUCCGCAACCUCCACAAUGCCCUGCGCGAUCUCCGCGUCGAGGCUGCCGACCCGGACUCACGCCUAAACGCCGCAGACUCGUCGUCCUACUUGAAGCAGCUAAACUCCAUCAUCAAGGACUCUCAGACGACGCUGAAGCAACUCGAGCUUGUGCUGGAUCUGAACAGCAGGGGCGGGGGGCCGUAUGCGGAUGGUGCUGCCGAGGGCAUCGCUGCUGUGCAGACUAAGCUGGUUCACCAAAAGACUGUGAUUGACGCCUUUUUGGAUCUGGUGCGAGUUAGCAGCGCUCCGCCAAGCAGCGGCCGUCGCGGGCCCAGUCUGGACUACAUCAAAGAAAAGGUCGACACCAUCGGGCGCAAGCUUUUUCGUCGCGAUAGCACCAACAGCAAGUCUACUGGAAGUGGCGACGACAAGCUAUGGAAAAGGUUCCAGGGCGAGCUUGUCAAGGAGGGGUUCUCGUCCAAGGUGCUGGAUGAGCAUGAGGAUGUUCUGCGCGCCUACAUUCACGAGAUCGAGACCAUGCUGUCUGCCAAAGACGGCGCUCCUCCUACUGUCCAAGGCCUCCUAGAACUUGACGGCAAUUCUGCCCCCGCGUCUGCGCACAAGUAUGGGCGCCAUAUGACAUUUCCGCUCGCUGAUUACCAAAAGGCCCCUGCCAGCAUGAAGACUGAAAGACUGAUGCCCGAUCAACCUCCAUUCCCUUCGCUCGCCCCAGAGCUAUCUUAUGACUCCCGUUCUUGGGCGCCAGCUGAGGCUGGUGGCAACGUUGCUGGCUCGUACACCUUCAUCUCGACCCAGGAACUAAUCAUGCUGGACUCCCUCAGUACUGGAAUGGCUGGCCUCAAUCUGAGCAGCUCUCCGCCACAGGCCGAUAUUCCGUCCUUCCAACCCAUGAUGUCUGGCGCUAUGCCGCUACCUGAGAUCAAGAUAUCUGGGGCUACAGCUCCUCAGCCGAUUCCCCAAAAGAACAAGCUUCAUGUAGAGGGAACGCCUCAGAUAUACGGCUCCAGUGCUCCGCCGGCAUAUGGGGGUGCGCCGAUGCUUCGUCUGGCUCCUGAUAGCUACGGCCGGGAUAUCCCCAUGGGCGCAGAAUGGACCAAGAUCGACCGCUCUGUCGUUAGCCCUGAAGCUCUUCACCUGGCUAGAGUGCGGUACGAAGCUCGCCCAGGCUAUGUUGCCGUCCUUGGCCGCCUGACUCUCGAUGAAGUUACUUACUACGCCCGCCUUAGCGCCGAACGUCGUGCUGCUCGGCAUGAUGAUGCUGCUCGGAAAGACAAGACCUCGGGUAAACACCGUUCUCACCAUGCCAAAAAGCAUGAGCGAACGGGCUCAGAGAGUAGUCGAGACGAGGAUUCCGAGGACGACAAAGACUCAAGCGACAUUUCUGACGAUGACAAAGACUCGGGUGAAAAGAAAAAUAAGAAUUAUCCUGUCAUUGUGAGCCCGCCAGAAAAGGACAAAACAUCUCCAACUGGUUCCACUAUGCCCAAGUCAAUCUUGAAGAACAAAAACACAAAUCACGUGCGGUUCGGUCCUCAUCCUUAUGAGGUGAAUCCCCGAGCAGAAAGGGAAAGCCGUGAGCACCGAGACUCCAGCUCUAAGAAGUCUCGAGAUCGUGAUGAGAGAGACAGGGAUGACCAUUCCAAGCGCCGAGAUGACAGAGAACGGAGACGACGAGACAGUGACCCAUCAUAUGGCGACAAACAUCGCAGGGAUAGAGAUCGUGAUCGUGAUCGACGAGACCGGGACAGGGACCGGGACCGGGACCGAGACCGAGACGACAGCUACCGCGAUCGCCGCGAUGACCGCAGGCGAGACAAGACAGCCGGCAAGACGCCUUGGGCCGAAGCACUUGGUGCGGUGGGCAUUGGCGGCGCUGCUGCCAGCUUGCUGGGCGUUUUGGCUGAAGCUGCCAUAGGGAAUUGA